AUGGGACAAUUUCAGCCAUCAACAGCUAGAGAUAAAUGGAGUUGUGAAUUAUUAGGAGACGGCAUAUAUCAUGUUGAUAUAGUUAGGCAUUUGAUUGAUUGGAAUACAAAUCUGGUACCUCAAGUCAAAAUGGAAUGGAUGAAAGAAAUUCUUAUUAAAGUUCUCUACUUUAUAUGGAAAGCAAAUUUAGGAAGGAUACCGACAACCACUGAACUAGCCAAGAGAGGCAUAACCGUAGAAUCAACCCAAUGUGGAUAUUGUAUGACAAUGGAUGAAAGCCCAUAUCAUAUCCUACUCAACUGCAACUUUGCGAAAACUGUAUGGGAAUGGAUCUAG